GUUUAGUGUACCUUAAUUAUUUUUUAAAUAAGAAACACAAAAGAAGUCGGAAGAGUCAAUUCGAGUCUCUUUAAAGGUACUCGAUCAACAACAGUAAUUGAAUUACACUCUGUGAUAGAAGAUUCAGUAAGAGUAAAUUUAUGUAAGUUCCAACAAUGGAUCGUGGGAAAAAGUCGGGCCUUGCUGCACGGAAUAAUAGGAUUUACUUGGAUUUUAAGGACAUCAUCAGGGAGACUGCCCUUCCCUUCCUUCCUGCCAAAUCGCUUGCCAAAUUCAGAGCUGUUUGUAGGGACUGGAGACUCCAGAUUUCCACUCCAUUUUUUGCCCAUCAGCAGACACUUUCUUGUCGCAGCACAUCAGGCUUCUUUCUCCAGAAUCGUGGGGAGUCUCCUUUUCUCAUAUCCGUUGACACAAACUCUUGUGGGGUGCCAGAUCCAUCCCUUAGGUUUUUGCCCGAGCCUGUUGACAUUAAAUCCUCCUCUAAUGGACUGCUUUGCUGUCAAGGUCGUGAAGGGGACAAGGCCUACUACAUAUGUAACCCCGUUACUAAGCAGUGGAAGAAACUUCCGAAAUCAAAUGCUAAUCAUGGAUCAGAUCCAGCAAUUGUGCUCUUAUUUGAACCAUCGUUGCUCAACUUUGUAGCAGAGUACAAAAUUAUAUGUGCUUUUCCGUCCACAGAUUUUGGUGAGGCAACUGAAUUUGAGAUAUAUUCCUCCCGAGAGGAUUCUUGGGAAGUCGCUGGGGAGAUCUGCUUUGGAGCUAGAAAAGUAGUGCCAAAAUCAGGGGUUCAUGUGAAUGGCGUUGUCUACUGGAUGACACCUACUAGUGUUCUUGCUUUUGAUCUAACAAAGGAGAGGUCACAGUUCUUUCGAUGGUACUACAAUUAUGGCAUCUUGGGGGCAUUUGAUGGAAAGCUCUGUAAUGUUUACGCAACUGGUGGUUCAAUCAGGUUAAACAUUUUGGCCAAUACCCACACAAAUACAAUGCAAAUGGGAAGCCAAACCAGUAUGUGGUUAGAAAAAAAGACGGUUGUUCUUGACAGUAAAAUUGUCGGGGAUGGAGCGAUGAGCUGCUCAAUUUUACAUGUUGACAAUAAUAUAAUGGUGGUUCAUAGUGGAGAAAGAACGUUUUCAUACGACUUCAAGUCCCGUGCAACAAAACUGCUGAGCGGUCGAGCUGGCAUUAAUUAUCGAUGCUUUCCGUAUGUGAACAGCCUAAUCUCCCUCUAAGCUGCUAAGUUUCUUUGUUUGGAGCUACUACAAUAAGCUUGCUGGGGGAAAACAUGCCUGGCCUUUUCAGAUGAUUGCUUGUCCUGAGAAGGAAAUUAUAUAUUGUUUAUGCUGUGUUAAUGGUCUCUUAUAGCCCAGCAUUAUCCUUGCUAUAUUUCAUUAGUUUUUCUUCGAUAUGGUACUCGUUUUUCUCAGCUACUAACUAUCUUUGUGGACGAUCUUAUUCUAACUCAUUAACUACUGCUUUAAUUUCUUGACUUGGCCAAUAUUUGUGCAGUUUAAACGUGAAUGUGUUGGGGAACUACAGCCUGACUUUUACUACUGUUUUUCAAUUGUAG